AUUAAUUGUUUUUAAAACGAGUUUUCGGAUUUUUGUGUCCUUUUGUUUUUCUCUUCCAACGCCGCAGAGGAGGAGAGCACUACGACGCUCAAACCCUAAUAACAAACUCUCUAAUGGACCAACGCUCGCCUUUUGCUUCUCUUUCUCUCUCAUUUUUGAUUAAUUAGAACAGGGAGAAGAGAAUUGGAGGGAUGUGGAAGACGACCGUCUAAUCGGGAUUCUCUAUGCUGUUCUUGUUCUAAUCUAAUGGCGGAUGAUAAAGAGAGGGAGAGUGAACACGGCACCGCCUCAUGGGGGACUUGGGAGGAGCUUUUACUGGCUUGCGCAGUCAAGCGCCAUGGAUUUAAGGAUUGGAAUUCUGUUUCCAUCGAGGUUCAGUCUCGUUCUUCUCUCCCUCAUCUUCUAACCACUGCGCGUAACUGUGAACUCAAAUUCCUUGACCUUAAACGACGGUUUACUUCCUGCCAAAACGGCGCUGGAAUUGCCGAUAAUAAGGUCGAUAUUACUGUACCUUGGGUCGAUGAGUUGAGGAAACUCCGCGUUGCCGAACUCCGACGAGAGGUCCAGCGCUAUGAUGUUUCAAUCAACUCGUUGCAGUUGAAGGUCAAGAAAUUGGAGGAGGAGCGAGAACAAGGCAUGAGCGAUAGAGAGGCCAGCACUGGAAAACCAGAUCUAAAAAUGGAGUCCAGAGAGCGUCGAUCAGAAAACGACAAAAAGCUCUUCGUUGAACCAGACCACCGGUCCGGAAUAAACGGAACAGUCGCGAAGCCUCCGGUAGUUCCCGGCGAAGAUUCUGACCGGGAGGAUUUCUCUGUAAACCAAUCCAAUUCCACCGGUUCCAAAAGCGGUAACCGUAAAAGCACCGCCGAAAACGAUAAAUCCGAAACCAAACCGGAAUUCGCCGGUUCAUACAGACCAGAACAAAACCGGAGAGCCGUAGAACCAGCCGAUCCACAAUCGGAUGACGGAAGUACGGACACUGUGGCUAAGAACUCGACGUGCGACAUAUCGGAGACAAAAAAGAAGGAAACGCAGCGAGUCGACGACUCGUCCGAGUUAGCGGACUCAGAGGCUCAGUCAAACGGCGGAGAGACGGCGACAAGGGAGAGUAGCGAAGUACAGAGCUCGGCGAGCUUGACGGGGAGGAUGAAGAGGAAGAGACUCCUCAAGAAGGAGAUCUCCGGCGGUAGUAGCGGCAAUGAACCUCGUCGGACGCCCGCCGUCAAGUCACGGCCGUUCGACGAGGUUUUGCAGAUGAUACGAGCGCACAAACACAGCUCCUUGUUCGAAUCCCGUCUCCAAAGUCAGGAAACGGAAGAGUACAAGGGCAUGGUGCGGCAGCAUUUGGACUUGGAAACAGUUCAAGCCAAGAUCAAUUCUGGCUCUUAUUCCUCCUCCACCCAUGCAUUUUACAGAGACCUCUUGCUUCUUUUCAACAACGUGGUUACCUUCUUCCCCAAAUCCUCAAGGGAGUCUGUAGCUGCUCGUGAACUCCGUCUUCUAGUCUCCAUUGAAAUGAAGAAGGCUCUGCAGGUUGCUCAGAUUGACCCUUCACCUGAAGUAGUGGAUUCAUCCCCAACGAUUCCUUCUCGAUCCAAGGGUCCCGAUCUCGAAGGAUCACAGUCUUUGCUUGCAAAGCAGAAGUCCUCUGUUCCUAUAAUAGUUUGUCGGAAACGAAGCAAAAUUUCAUCCAAGCUUUCAUCGACGACAGGUCUUGGUGAAAAAGGUGAACGGAGCAAUGAUGAUGAGAAGAUAGCUGUUGAUCUGAAAUCAAGUAUUAAAAUUGCUUCAACAAACCCUGUUGAAGACCAGGGCACUACAAAAGAUAGCAAGGUUAAAGAGAAACCCAUAACUGGAGCAAGAAGCAUGAGAAGGAGCAAUGAUAGUGCCACAAACUCUAGCGGCCCUACCAUCAAGAAACAGAACACGAAUUCUGGAUGGAAACCCAGUUCGGGCAAUGAAACAGAGACACAAAUCCCAAUCCCAAUCCCAGACAAGAAGAAAUCCGAUACAGUAACACUGGAGAAGAAGCGAAGUGCAGCAGAUUUCUUGAAGAGAAUCAAGCAGAACUCACCUGCAGAGACUACAACAAAGAGAAAUAGCAGAGGUGGAAGCAGCAGUAGUCUCAACGCAGAGUACAUGGGUGGCACUAGUCUUCUUUCUGGUUGCGAAGAAGAGCACCGCAGAGAUACUGAAAUGGCGCCCAAAACCCCUAGAGUUACACGUAACCCGGAUCUAAUCCGAGGUGUCGGCAAGUACUCCAGGUCUAAGAUGUAUCACAAGCGAGGUCUUUGGGCCAUCAAGGCCAAAAAUGGCGGAGUGUUCCCUCGUCACGAUGUGAAGCUGAAAGCUGAUGCCCCAGCUGAGAAGUCGCCGAAGUUUUACCCUGCCGACGAUGUGAAGAAGCCCCUUGUCAACAAGCGCAAGGCCAGGCUCACGAAACUGAGAGCCAGCAUUACUCCUGGUACUGUGUUGAUAAUCCUUGCUGGGAGGUUCAAGGGGAAGAGAGUUGUGUUUUUGAAACAGCUGCCAUCUGGGUUGCUUCUGGUCACUGGCCCUUUCAAGAUUAAUGGUGUUCCUCUAAGACGGGUGAACCAGUCGUACGCCAUUGCAACCUCCACCAAAGUUGACAUCUCUGGAGUUAACGCAGAAAAGUUUGAUGACAAGUAUUUCUCCAAGGAAGUCCAGAAGAAGAAGAAGAAGGGCGAAGGCGAAUUUUUCGAGGCCGAGAAAGAGGAGAAAAGUGCUCUCCCAGCCGACAGGAAGGAUGACCAGAAAGCUGUGGAUACACCAUUGAUCAAGUCGAUCGAGGGGGUACCGGAGUUGAAGGCUUACUUGGCUGCAAGAUUUUCUCUCAAGGCUGGAAUGAAACCUCAUGAGCUUGUCUUUUAGAUAAUGGGUCUGGUUUUUAUUUUUUAGAUCAUCACCUUGUUUUUUGUUCGUCUGAACAUGGCUAUGACUUGUGAUAGUUGCCUUGUCCCAAAUUUUGAUUCUAAAUAGAGAUUCCAUGUUUGGUUAGCUCUGUUUUAUUAUUGAAUACUGUGUUCAGGUUCUUCAGUCAAUCUCAUUGAUUUAGAGCCA